AAUCUUACAUUUAAGGCUCUCGUUGUGCAUAUUGAGCUCGAUAUAUUGAACGUCUCGCGAUUUCUUCGCUCAGAUUCUCUUUUAUAUUUGAACUGGACACCACUCGUGCAAAAAAUUAUUACUAAACAAAAUGUUAUCACUGUGCUGCAUCUACUUCGCGUUUCUGUUGUCUCAAGUCAUCAGUCAAGAGACUCCAAUUGAGGCUACUGCAAUAGAAGAAAAUGGAUCUCCGGGCAUCACUGGAUGGGUCGAAGACCGCGCCAUGAGUUUUUUCGAAUUGUUUCUUCCAGAAAAUAAUCUCGUCGAAGGUCGCAAAAAGAAGGCAAAACUGAGCAAAUACAUUUUGCCUUUGGUGGUCGGUUUUUUGCUCAUUAAAUCAAUCCUGCUUCCGAUUGCACUGAAGACUUUAGCUGUACUGAGCGGAAAGGCGGUGAUACUAAGUUUGAUGAGUCUAAUCCUUGCAGCGAUUGUGGGGCUUAAAAAAGUUGCUCACGGAUCAGGCAGCGCCAACUAUGAAGUUGUAAACGUCCCAUUGAGCAAGUAUAGGCGCAACGAAGAUUACAGACGAGCUGAUCCCGAUGACGAUGACGAUUUACCCUACAAAUAUUAUCGAGAUUGAACACAAAAGCAAUAAUUUUAUCACGCAUGAAUCUGCACAGAAGUGAUUGACAUUUAAGACAGGCAAUGUUAAAUGAAAUGAAUUAAUCAGAAAAUAAUUAGUAACCUGUUUCUUGAGUAUUUUGUUUAAAAUGUCAUUUUCGUUGUGGAAAGUGUAAGAUUGCAAAUACUUUAAUAAGAAUACACGAAAAGUGUUAAUUAGGUUGUUGAUUAUUUCAUUAGUUUGGGUUUAAUACGUUGACUUGUCUUUCAUGUUAUAGUAUUGCGCAGCCUGUAUUGAUAAAAAUCUUUAAUGAGUUGCUUAGAUGAGUUCACAUAGCAAUUCGUUGAGUUUUCAAUCACACAAUGUUGAGUAGCAAAAGUCGAGAGUGGCAGUGGUCAUAGGAAAGUUGUGAAUUCUCUGCAACGCGGAUAGAAACAGACACUUAUAUAGAAAAGCGAAACCGUAUUCACCUUGAACUUUUUAGGCUGUAAUCAAGUGCCUAGAAAUUCCAUUCAACAAUCAUAUAAACGAUCUUGACCAAACUUGAACUACCAGUGAAAAAUAUUUUUACAAUAUCCGUAUAAAUUCCAAAGAACGCAAGUUACGAGUUAUGUCAGAUGCCGAGGGAGAAAGUUUCUCCUCUACGGGACGCCGAGAGUUAAUGAAAUCACUCUCGUGUCCGGCUUCAACGUAAUCGUUUUGACUCAUUCACCAGAAUUGCGAGCUGCCAUUUCCGUAUUGAAUUUAUUCAACAUCCUGAAGACUCCGCAAACGGACUGCUGACCUGAUUUCAUUAGCGAAUUCAAUACCUGUGCGCCACGUAGUUUAAUAAUAAACUCCUAUAAGUGAUAGAUUAAAUUGUAUAGGUAUUCAAUAAGCAUUCUGUAAGUAUUUUACCUUAUUAUUUGACUAGGUUUAAUUGAUUUAAUUACAUUUAAUUUCAUUGUAAGAAAAAAAGUCGCAAUGGCUGGAUAAACUUGUCAAUAAACUUUUGUAAUCAAUUCGUUCAAAAAUGUGCUCAUUAGUUCAAAAUACCAGAUUACUGUCGAUCUUUACCUAUGCAUAUACUGGGAAUAGAGGAAGUUCAGAGUGAGUCCAAAUGCAACCAGAUUCAAACCUUGGCUGCACGUGGCUAACCUCGACCUAGUCCCGCAGGACAUUGACCUACCGACAGGGUCCGUCCUGCAGGGAAUUCGAAUACCGAGGGCCCUACGUCUAGGAGUAAUUAUGUCAUUAUUCGUGAUCAAUCCUCAAAGAAAUAUGUUGAUGUCACAUGAUCCCUGUGACGUCACUUCCUCAAAAGAGCGAAUUGAUUCUUA